AUGUUCUGGCGCCGCAGUCGCCCGAAGGAAGCAGUAGUAGAGGAGACUGACGACUUGGCAAAGCUUCAAAAGCAGUUUGGCAUCAUUCCAGUAAGUGACGCAGAUGUGGAGGCGGAUCUCCUGGCUCUCUCCUUCAUAUCUGGUGGCUCUAGUCUCACAGACGAAGAGCGACUUUUGCUUGCAAGCGACAAUGAAGACGAAGAUGAAGAAGCCAAGAUACUCAGAGAAUUAGAGAUGGACGGAGAUUCACUUCUGGAUAAUGAGAUGGAUAGUCAACAAGUGGCGCAGAACGAGCUGUGCAGUAUAUUGGAAGAGGCUCACGAGACUGCGAAAGAGAGGAGCAGUCGAGAGACUGUAGAGAUGAGCGAAGAGAAAAAGCGCAGUCAGACUUCUGUAUUGAUUUCGUGCAACGAUGAAGAGCUCCAGUCACUGAAGAUUGAGGCGGUGGCGCUCAAAAGAGAAGGAAAAAUUGAGCAGGCCCUGGCCAAGUUCCGCGAGGCCAAACAGCUGCAACAAAAGAUCGCUGGAGAGAAGGAAAAGGCUUCAAAAAUGAGUCAUCGAACACUACAAUGUGAAGGGCUUCCGCCGGUGGAAAACAUGCUGAAUGAUGACGUUGAAGUGACGGACGAAGACAUGCGAAACCCGGAGUUUCUUGCCCAAUUGGUGGAAAUGGGCCUGAAAUUCGACAACGGGAUAUCUACUGAUGAAAAGAGUGCACAGCACGUUGAUGCGAGGACAAAAAUGACUGCUUUGGAAACUCAGAUUAAUGCUUGCAAGCUUCAAGCUGUGAAGCUAAAGCGUGAGGGUCGGAUUACAGAUGCGCUGGCUUGCAUGCGCAAAAUUAAACACUUAGAAGCGGAUCGUGACGAGCUGCAACCCUUUCAAUUACGGUCAAUUGUACCUUCAGCAGUACGGAGACAAGAAGUAUUGGAUGACAUCGAGCCUGUGGAGCCCACUUUUUCAGUCAACAGCUCUCCGGCUGUGCGCGUAAAUUCAGACACCACGACGCUCGACGAGAUACAACAAGGUAUCAGCAAUGGUAGCAUGGAUGAUGCGGAAGUCAAUUCCACGCAUGCGAACCAUGUUACUUGUACUACGGAAGUGCCUUUUUCAGAGGCCGAAAGUACUUCAGGGAUUGAUCCCUUGCAAACAGAGAGGCAUAUAUCGCAAGAAGUUGCAGUUAUACGAGCUGAUGUUGCAAACUCGCGAUGUUUGAGAAAUGCUCCAUCGAUUGAUGAAAACUACUUAAUUGACGCAUUUGACGAGAGACGUGGUUCUGAAGCAGCAAAUCAUUUGACCUCGGUGACCUCGGACAACUCCUUGUGCUCGAUUCCCUUUGUACCUGCAGCUAAAAACGUCACUUUCUCAACGAAAGAUACGCGAACAGAGACUAGCAGCGCCCAUAAUGAUGACCUUCCUGCUCAGCUACAGAAGACUAAGCAGACAGCGUUGUUGCUAAAGCGAAAGGGAGAUAUUCAAGGUGCACUUGAAGCUAUAAGAAGAGCAAAGCAUAUUCAGAAUCUCAUUGAGCACAAGCAGCGAGCUUCUAUAAUGACUGCGUCUACCAUGACCUUACCAUUCAACCAAAUUUUCGCUGCUGGAUUUCAGGAGAUUGAGCAACUGCUGGUAGAUUUCGGUAAUAAGGCGACAUCAUUUGCAAAAAGGUGCUUGCCCGCCAAUCGCAAAAUGGCUUUUGAGUGGUUGAGCAAGCGGAAGCGGUACGAAGCCGAGCUGAAGAAGUUGCGACUAAAACGGCAGAACCCACUGCAGGCACCUCCGCAAUAUGAGAUCGUCAGCACCUCUCACGAAGUAAAGUUCGAGCUGCCGUUUCUUGCUGACGAUCAGAUCAGGUUAUCGAUCAAAAGUGUCAGCGGGCUGUCCCGGGUAGCAGGCAAAUCAGUUUUUGUCAAGUUUUGCCUUAACUUUCCGUCUGGGACGUCCCAUGGAGGCCAGACCGGUGAGUUCCGGAUCAGCUCCAGUGCCUCGUUCUCGGCUAAGAUUUGUACAAGCCAAAAAUGCUUCGACUUUCGAUUGACACGGUCGCGAGGGACAAUGCGUCUGUUUGGGAUAAAAAAGGCGGUAUUUGAAGUUUGGAGUCCAGCAACACUGUUUCGCAACUCGGAACUUGUCGCUCGAGCGUAUCAGGAAUUGUCUCCAUUACUGACGUGCUGUGAAAUCGAUACUCACAUUCCUUUUCUCGGUCCAAAUAGAAGGCCGUGCGGAGGAGAUAUUGAGAUUGCUCUCCAAGUGCGACGCCCAUUGAAAGAAAAAGAAGUUCGUCUAGAGACUGUGGAGGACUUGUUUGUCGGUGAUUACCCCGAGCCAGUUACGCUCUCUAUAGAACACGUGUCCGUGCCCAAUCUGGUUUCGCAGCCACCACCACUUGCCAAUGUGUCUGGUCCUUUCGUAAAGGACCAAGAACAAACAAACGCACUACUUCAGGAGGGCCAACUAAGCCCUGCCUCCAUGUCGGUCGACGACCCACACCAUCUUGAUCUGAUAGUCAGCUACGACGUCAUUAUCGAAGAGCUUGACAAAGCAAGGGCAAUACUGCCUUCAUUGUCGGGACCUGAUGCUGUGACGUUGGAUGACCGAUGUGACUCUUUAGCGCUGAAAAAGCAGCUACUUGAGAUUGAGAUGCAGACCGGAACUCUGACGUUUGAUGCGUACCUAGAUUGUUUACGUAGCCGGAUAUCUGCUGAUCGCAUACUGAUUGCAGAGCUCUUAGCGUUGAAACGACGGUCGGAUGCCGCGCGUGUUUUUCACCGCAUAAAAGUUAUGGAAAAGGAGAUGGAAGGCACUGAAGGUGUUUCCAGCGAUGCAUAA